CACGCGUCCAGUCCGGGCCGGCCUCGGGGACAGCAGAGCCCGCCCCGAGCCCCGCCCCUGGGCCCGGGCGUCCGCCCCGCGGCUGCUGGCCUCGCCAGUCCGCGCUUACCCCGCGCCGCGGCCAUGGGUCCCGGGGUCCCGUGGGCGCCCGCGCGGCUGCUCCUGGCUCUGGGCGCGCUGCUGUGGCCCUCGGCUAGCGCCUGGGAGCUCACGAUCCUGCACACCAACGACGUGCACAGCCGGCUGGAGCAAACCAGCGAAGAUUCUACCAAGUGCAGCAACGCCAGCCUCUGCGUGGGCGGCGUGGCGCGGCUCUUCACCAAGGUGCAGCAGAUCCGCCAAGCCGAGCCCAACGUGCUGCUGCUGGACGCCGGCGACCAGUACCAAGGCACCAUCUGGUUCACCGUGUACAAGGGCGCCGAGGUCGCGCACUUCAUGAACGCCCUGCGCUACGAUGCCAUGGCACUGGGAAAUCAUGAAUUUGAUAAUGGUGUAGAAGGACUGAUCAAUCCAUUCCUCAAAGAGACUAAAUUCCCAGUUCUGAGUGCAAACAUUAAGGCCAAGGAACCGUUAGCCUCUCAAAUAUCAGGACUUUAUUUGCCAUAUAAAAUUCUUUCUGUUGGUGGUGAAAAUGUAGGAAUUGUUGGAUACACUUCAAAAGAAACCCCUUUUCUCUCAAAUCCAGGAACAAAUUUAGUAUUUGAAGAUGAAAUCACUGCACUGCAACCCGAAGUAGAUAAACUAAAAACUCUAAAUGUGAACAAGAUUAUUGCACUGGGGCACUCUGGAUUUGAAAUGGAUAAACUCAUCGCACAGAAAGUGAAGGGUGUGGACGUCGUCGUAGGAGGACACACCAACACCUUUCUUUACACAGGCAACCCACCUUCCAAAGAGGUGCCUGCUGGGAAGUACCCAUUCAUCGUCACCUCUGAAGAUGGGCGGAAGGUGCCUGUUGUCCAGGCCUAUGCUUUUGGAAAAUACCUAGGCUAUCUGAAGGUCGAGUUUGAUGAAAAAGGAAAUGUCAUCACUUCAUCUGGGAACCCCAUUCUUCUAAAUACCAGCAUUCCUGAAGAUCCAAGCAUAAAAGCAGACAUUAACAAAUGGAAGAUACAAUUAGCUAAUUAUUCUACUCAGGAACUGGGGAAAACACUUGUUUAUCUGAAUGGCUCCACUCAAUCAUGCCGUUUUAUGGAAUGCAACAUGGGCAACCUGAUCUGUGAUGCUGCAAUUAACAACAACCUUAGACACCCAGAUGAAAUGUUUUGGAGCCACGUGUCCAUGUGCAUUUUAAAUGGAGGUGGCAUCCGAUCACCCAUAGAUGAGCAGAAUAAUGGCACCAUUACCUGGGAGAAUCUGGCUGCUGUGUUGCCCUUCGGAGGCACAUUUGACCUGGUCCAAUUAAAAGGUUCCACCCUGAAGAAGGCUUUUGAGCACAGUGUACACCGCUAUGGCCAGGCCACUGGAGAAUUUCUGCAGGUGGGAGGAAUCCAUGUGGUAUAUGAUCUUUCCCAAAAACCAGGGAACAGAGUGGUCCAAUUACAUGUUCUUUGCACCAAGUGUCGAGUGCCCACUUACGAGCCUCUCCAAAUGGACGGUAUAUAUAAGGUGAUCCUUCCAAGCUACUUGGCCAAUGGUGGAGAUGGAUUCCAGAUGAUAAAAGAUGAAUUAUUAAAACAUGACUCUGGUGACCAAGACAUCAACGUGGUUUCUCAAUAUAUCUCAAAAAUGAAAAUAAUUUACCCAGCAGUUGAAGGUCGGAUCAAGUUUUCUGCAGGAAAUUAUUGCCAUGGAAGCUUUUCUUUAGUAUUUCUUUCAUUUUGGGCAUUGACACUUCUUUUGUAUCAAUAGCCAACAAUUCUCCUUGUCAUUAAUGUAAAACUGUAUUUCCUUUCCAUAUGAGAUCCCAAUCUGCCUUUAGGACCUGGCGUUAUAUCCCAGAUCAUCCUCACAGUGGGUCAAAGUCUACGAUGUUAAUACUCUACUGACACAUUUUAAGACCCAAGACAGGUAUCUUCGUUCCAAUUAUCCAAUAAUGGACAACAGGCAUGUUUCACCCUCUAAGCACUGUGAAAGGAAGAGACUGACAUCAUCACUCAGGGUCAGCAACUUAGUCAAUAGAUGGAAAAGUAAACAGGGCCCUAAGAGGGAAUAGCCAACUAUGUUUAGUGUACAUAUCCAAAUUUUCUUGACAUUUUAUUAGCAAUUGUAAAUCACAGACCUGGCACAUUACCUCACUGAAUGACCAUAACAUUCUUUGGUGGGUCAUUUAGGUGUUUUCCUCAUUUGACAUAUGAACAAAUAGAGACUCAGAAAGGGUUGACUUCUUCAGUUCUAGUCUUACAGUUAAGUGACCUGGACUUUAGGUCUUUUAACAUCUAACAUUCCUUAUCCACAUCAAGUUGUUGUUCAGAAAUGCUUUUAAUAACUAUUAAUGCCCCAAGUUUAUGGAUGAUAUAUCACUACUUCUAGUCCCUGUUUUGUGUGUGUGUGUGUGUGUGUGUGUGUGUGUGUGUGUGUGUGUGUGUGUGCCUUUUUCCUUCCUCUUUUGGCUCCUGCUGUAAUAGUUUAAUAGACUAAACACAAGAUAGCAUUUUCUCUUUCAUCACCAUUAUAAGCCUUUGAACUGGGAAGUGGAUAAUGGAAAAAGCCAGAGUUUGCAGAAAGCUGUUAAGGAGCAGAAAAAUGGGACACCAGGACUAAAUUACAUUACAGAAGAGAAUAAGCUAAGAGGUUUAAAUAAAUUUUUGCUAAGGAGUAGCAGGAUAGUGCCUGACAUACGGUAUUGGUUGUUAAUUUUAUGGGAGUCUAUCAGCUCUGUCUCUGCAUUCCUGUCUUCUUUCUUCCUAACAUGAAAAUGUCAUGAGAAGAGAACUUCCUAAAAUAAAUUAUAACUUAAUUCUAUACUUGUCCCACUCUGAUAUGUCAACAAUGCAUUUAUGCUACCAGUACUCACACCAAACACAUUAGGGAAAAUCCAGAGUUCUGGAAGGCAGCAGUUGGUUUUAGGAAGUUGUAUAUAUAAGAUAUUUGAAGUUGCUCUGUUUCAAAAUCCAAACAAUCACCCUAAGUCACUCACAAAGUCCAGACAUGAGAACACCUGCAGGAGAAUGAGUCUCUGAAUGUCCCUGAAUGUUUAGGAAAUACUUGACUGAUGAAAUGAUUUAUGACCAAAAACCAACCAUUUGAUUACAUUGGCAGUGGGAUCAAAUAUGCCUAUUUAACACUGCAUCAAUAUUUCAACAAGAAAUUGAAGCCUUCACCUUAAAAAUAGUAAGAAAACCAGGCAGGGUGGCACGUAUAUAUAAUUCCAGUACUCAGGAAGCUGAGGCAGAAGGAUGAUCACAAGUUUAAGGCCUGGUUGGGCUACACAACGAGUUCAAGGCAAGCCUAAACUGCAUAGUGAGAUCCCAUGUCAAACACACACAAGCAUGCGCACGCGUGCACACACACACACACACACACACACACACACACACACACAGCUACAAGUUUAGAGAGAGAAUAUGUUUCAGUGUUUACAAACAUGAAGUACUCUUGAUACAAAAUGGACUUUCAUAUCCUUUUUGGAAAGAUGACUGCAGUCAGGUAAUGCCCUCAAUUCUAUAAACAAACAAAUGUCAGUAAUAUUGUACCAAAAAAGAGAGAAAGGAACAUUUGGGGUAUGUUUUUAUGCUUGGCCAGUAAACUAUAUAAUAAAUAUUGGAGCACAAUUUCAAGAUUAUUUUUGUAAGUUUUCUAAAUGUGUAUAUGUCUUAUACAAUGUAUGAGAAAUAACCUUGGACAACAUUGUAAUUAUAGAUUCCAAAGAAUAAAUUGAAGACACUC